AUGGCUAGAGAUGGCACCGCCAGCCGCAGUCCGCUGCAGGCAGAGGCGAAGCGGAACUUUGAGAACCAAAUCGUUCUAAGCCCUUCUUCACACAAUGCCUCUGCUGCACUUGCAGCGCGGACACGGGUUCUUCGAGCGUCGGACGUCUUACUGUCGUUGGCUGGCAAGACAGAGAAUGAAACCGUUGAAGAUUCUCCAGGCGUUGAAAGUUUUGCAGAAACUGUACGUCUGUUCCCGCCUCUUAGAAAUGACGAUGGGGCCCCCCAUGGUGUUGCGGACCCCAAAUGCCCGGAUUGCGAUGCUGUCUUCUCAUCACCAUGUGAAUUGAAACAACACUACUUGACGCGAUUCUGUCCUGGGGCAGCGGUGGCAGUCUAUUUGAUGACGCGAGAUCGUCUUAUCACCAAGGGCUACCGUAUGGAAAAGCGGUUUUUGCCGCUGAAUUCCCGUCCGCUCCGGUUUUUCUGCGAGCAUUGCGAGAAGCAAUUUACCAUGGGUGACAAGGAUGAAAUAGUCGAUCGACAACGUGACAUGCCGUCAUUCAUCUGUUGCAAAAACUGCGGGGAGGAGUGUAACAUCUCAUAUGAGCCUGUUCUGAAUGAUCCCAGAGACGACAUCAGUCUUCGAGAUAUUCAAAAGGACAGGGCGAAUGGAGCGCACAGCAGAAGCCCCAGUAUUGCGCAGAUGAGCUUUACCGGCUCUAAAUUCCAUAUUGCGACCAAUACCGCCGUGGAGCAAUCGUUUGCUCAGAGGGCCAGAAAGUUGCGGGAUUCCUGGUCGUUCAGAAAAAUCUCGCAAAGUGAUGAAGAUGAGCUCAUCGCGAUUAGUUUUGCUGGUCUAUAUGACCUGGAAAGAGUGCAUGCCCCCAGUGGUAUAUACCAACAGUUCGGAGGUACUGCCGAAUGGCAGCCGACGCAGUCAGACAGGGACUGUCUUUAUGAAACGCCGAAUGAUGUCCAUAUCAUUGGCUCAAAGACCUCGGGCAUGGCCCUUUGUGAAGAGGAAAGCGAUCACUACAGAAGCGAUUAUGUUGAUUCGCAGGGAAAUCUGGUUGAAGAUCAAACCCACGCGACACCAUCGUCAUCUCGAAGGCAAUCCUUUCUGCAAAGGAUAUUUGGUCGUACCAUUCCGAAAGGUCUGUCACGCGCAAAAUCUGCCUCUAAUCGAGGGAGAAAGUUGCUGAAGAGAGUCAAUACCGUGAGGCUCUCUUUCACGCAAAGGGGCUCCAAGAACGGAAGUGAUACAAGCUUAGAAACCGAAGGAAGCUCAAGUGCCAUGCGAACCACAGCCAAGAGCCAACGCAGAGCAGAUGGAAUUCGAGCAGCUGUUUCCGAAGCCGAGUAUAUGACUUUGUUGCGAAAUUGCCAGAACAUUUUCAUUCAUAUUCAACACCUCUCUGGAGGCGCAAUGGUUCAUGACGCCUCUGGACGUCAAAGACUGCUCCAAAUGGAUGAGGUAGCUCAGCUCUUUCUCCAGCUGAAGAAUGAGCUCUCCGCCUCGACAGUCUAUUCCAAAGCCCUGAUAACGCGUAUGCGGGCUGAUGCAGCCCUCAAGCAGGGCCAUUCGAAAGCAGCGGUUGUGGAGUUUCACGAUGCGCUGCGGACUCUGGACAGUGCGCCAGCAUUGGACACUGAGAGAUUGUCUCGCGCGUCCAUUUUACAUUCGAUGGGACAUGCAUACCGCAGUCUGGACCUGCCCGCAGAAUCGGAAGCCUGCUACUUGGAGGCACUGGGGCUCUACAAACGAUCCUUCGGCCGCGACCACCCGACGAACUUUGCAAUUCUGCACGAUCUAGGCGCGCUUUGCGAGAAGGACGGAUACGCCACCGAAGCAGCUGCACUAUAUGAGCGCUCGUUCGCAGGCAGGUUGAAGACCCUGGGACAGCACGCACCGGAAACAUUGAGUAGCAUGCAGGAUCUCGCUUCUCUCAAGGUCUCCUUGGGUGAUCUAGAAUCUGCACUGCUCUUAUUGGAGAGGGCGGUUCCUGCUCUCGACACGGUGUUUGGACUCCAGAACGAAACGACCCUGAACGCAAUGAACAAGUUAUCUCUUCUGUAUCAAAAGCUCGGCCUAGUCAAGGAGUCUCGUAUGAUAUGCAGCAAAACCAUCCCGCAUUGCAAGACGAUAUUCGGCGUAGCGAGUGCUAUCACGAGGGAUGCCGUUGUCCGGUACAUUCAAGGCUCUGACAAUUUUGACUUUCCCCCAGAAAUCAUGGACGUACUCGACCGAUACCGCAACUCUCGCGACCCCGAGGCCCUUCGGGUUAUCCAUCGAUUGGGUAGAUCGUACAUGGAUGCAGGACUGAACCGAGACGCUGCUGAUCUCUUCGAGACCUUGUUCGAGGACCUCCUGGUCGCAAGAGGACCAGAGGCUCCUGAAACGUUCGAUGCGCUCAGCGCGCUCUGCGUGUCACGCGAGCACCUCGACUCCGUGGAUAAAGCCAUCCUCGCCUAUCACCAGCUCGUUCAAAUGGCAAAGGCCACCCCUGACGACCACCACUCGCGGAAACGGAUCGGCUAUGCACAGAAGAGAAUCGUCGAGCUCAACCGCCGGCGGGAGGUCCUGGCUACUGAGAGAAAAGAGUGGGGAUUGCACGAGCCGGGGCAAUGUGAGAACUGCGGAACAUCCACUAAAAUCCUCUGCAAUUCAUGCAAAAUCUUCCGUUUCUGCAGCGAACCAUGUCACAAAGCCAGCCUGCAAGGACAUCUCCCCUACUGCAUCCCCUCCGUGUCCCUCCGGGAGUCCAAAUCCCUCGCCGUCAAACCACGCUGCCCUCCCUGGGUCCGAGACCAGGCUCUCUCAAAAAUCCGUCCCCUCGACAGGAACAGGACCGUAGACGUACUCUCCAGCUACACUUUCUACUUCGAUCCGCGCAACUUCACAACGUUCCGGAUGAAGCUCAGUUCUCUCACAAACACAAUUAUCAUCUUUUCCCUAGACUCAGACAUCCAGUUCGCAACCAUCGACAGCAGCUCGUCAUCCGGACGCGGAAACACAAGCUCUUCACCCCCAACAACCUCCAGCACCACUGCCCGAGAAAUCCAAUGGCUAACCCCCCAACGCCAAGAAGCCCUCUGCUACAUCCCCCCAGGGGCCUCCGAUACGCCCGCAAAGUACGUCCUCGUCAGCCCCGGAAAGGAAAUGUUCAAAUCAGCCAUCCAGAAGCGAAUUAGCGUGCGGGGCUCGAAUGGCGAAAAGGAGCAUUUUCGGUCUCUGUCAUUGCCGGAUAGUGAGCUGAUCGAGUAUGCUCAGGGCCUGCUUCUGACGGGAUACCUGGAGGAAGCGUUCAUGUACGUCAUUGAGUGGGAAUGGAAGUGA